AUGACAGAUGAUCCUCAGAAAUCCCUGGGUGUGUUUUGUGCACAUGUGCAGAGCAGCUUCAAGCCAGGGCAGGGCACAAAUACACAUUACCUGCAGAUACAGCAUCACCUGAGGUUCCGCUGCUUCCUCGCCAAAGUCCAUGAGCUGGAGAGAAGGAACAAACUUCUGGAGAGCCAGCUGAAGCAAGCCUCCUGCCAGCCGAGGCAUCAGGGCUUCUCCUUUACGCGUGAAGUCGCGGUCCAGACGGACUCUCUGGGGUCCAGACUUCCAGGCAACAUCUGGAGCUUUACGCAUAUUUUGAGACAAGGAGAGCGCGUCAAGACUGUCCAGGGACCCGGAGUCACCUGGACCCAUCCGGAUGGGGUCGGGGUCCAAAUCGACACCGUCACCCCAGAACUGCGAGCCUUGUAUAACGUUCUGGCCAAAGUCAAACGGGAGCGGGAUGAGUACAAGAGAAAAUGGGAGGAGGAGCUGUCGAGAAGAGAACAGAUGGAGUCGAUGGUGCAGACGCUGCAGGAGAAUGUAAACGAAUCCGAAGCCAUUCAGGACGAGUUGAACGAGAAGGUCGAAAGACUGAAAGCUGAACUGGUGGUCUUCAAGAGCCUCAUGAGCGAUCAAAUGUCCGACCUCGAUACCAAGAUUCAGGAGAAAGCCAUGAAGGUGGACAUGGACAUCUGCAGGAGAAUCGACAUCACGGCCAAACUGUGUGACGUGGCUCAGCAGAGGAACUCAGAGGACAUGUCUAAGAUGUUCAGCAUCAGUCCAUCCAGAGCACCAGCAGACAGGAUGGCUGUGAUGUGCAAAAAGAAGGAGAAGAAGCCAGUAUCAGAUGAGGAAAAUUCAGAGAUGGAUGCAGAUCCCAGCACUUCGGAGGAGGACGUCCCCUUCAACAUCACAGACCAGAUGAAACGCAUGCUCAACCACCUGCGGGAGACAUUUGAGAUCGAUGAUGACUGUGACAGUUUGACGUGGGAAGAGAACGAUGAUACGCUGCUGUUAUGGGAGGAUUUCAGCAACUAUAAUAUGCCCUCCGGCCUUACUAACAACACCGGUGCCCUCGACUGCAACGGAGACGCACAAGAAGCGGACUGCAGUCUGGGAAAUCUCAUCGAUGAGACCGAGUCUCUUUUCAAGACCAGAGAGCAGGAAUAUCAGAAGACAAUCGGACAAAUCGAGAUGGAGUUGGCCACGGCUAAGAGUGACAUGAACAGACAUCUGCAUGAGUACAUGGAGAUGUGCAGCAUGAAACGAGGGCUGGAUGUGCAGAUGGAGACGUGCAGGAGAAUGAUCAAGGGUGGCAGCUCAUCUGCGAGCAGUGACUCAGGGAACACUGACGAGAUACAAGAGGAGUCGGACAAGGACGGAGAGAUGGAGGAGCCAAUCAGCUGAUACCUGCCCAGGCUGACCCCGCCCUCUUCCCCCCACGAGCUCCAGUCAGCUCUCGGGCCUCCCAGCAAUCGGCCAAUGGCGUUACACUGAGGGACAGAGCCCACUCACACAAGCCCCAGAUCCUGUAGGUGCUUUAACGUCUCCGUGUCAGAGUGGGGUGGAGUUGAUGAGGGUUGAUUUUGUGCUUCGACAUCAAUAUCGAUGCGUCACAUGGUGCCACAGCUGUCACAGGACGGCCUAACUAUGAAUCAGAUCAAUCCCAGCCAAAAUACAUCAAACAAUACACCCGAUCAAACCUGAAAUCAAGUCCAUAUCUCGAUUAGAAACCGGAAAACGUUCACGCAACAUGAGUGAUACAUAAGACUGAAAGCCUAUCAGACCAAAACGGACUGAACUCCUUGCGAUUGAACACUUCGGAAUGCUUUCCUUAAUAUCUGUGGCUUUUUAUUUUUCUAAAAAACUAUUUCAGAAAUCGACAGUUUACUGCAGAAACAUUUUGGCCUUUUUAUGCCCGAAUCCAGUCGUCGAAUGUGGAACACAGAAAAAGCUCACGCUCUAUGCAAUCAGCCUUAUUUUGUGAUCUGUGUUUUCCCAGCUAACAAAACUAUGCUCUUAGAAUGUUUUGCUGACGUUCCCAGUUAGUUAGGUAAAUGUUAUUUAUGAAUGUUCUCUGAACAUCAAAAUGUCCAGUUUUCAUCAAAAUGUUUGAACCCU